AUGAUAUUAACAGAAAAGAAAAAGUCUUCUUACAUUGGAUAUAGGUUGACUAAGUGCACCCCAAAUUCAAAUCUAAUCGGGGACAUCAGGAGUGAGGUCAUCGUUUACCGCGUACGCAGAGAUGCGCAUACGCACGAGGACGCAGGACAUUUUUCCUAUAAAAAUGUGCCGCGACCCCUUCUGGUCACAGUUUCGAUCAGAACGCAGACUCGGAAGGACAUCAAGAUGAAGCUGCUUUUCGUUCUCAGCGUCACACUAGCAUUUGCGCUAGCAGAUGAAUUAGAAACAAACCUACAGCAGGUAGAAGACCUUCAAGCAUCUGCUUCAAUUGCGUCUCAAAGAUCACAAGAUUUCAAUCUGCCUGUAGCAGAUAGAUUCUCGUAUGUAUCCAGUACCUUAGCUCCACGGCGGUGGAAUCCGGAUACGUAUUCAUACGAAAAUCCUAUAAAGCCAGCUGUUCCUUUAUUAUCCCAGGAUAACUUCCAAAGUAGAAACUACUACCAACCAGAAAGUAGCUACAACAAUCAAUAUGACAAUCAGAAUUCAUGGAAUACUCCACGGCCAAGUAAACCAACAAAUUCUUGGGGUCAAAAUAAUCCUGAGAAAGGAUGGAAUAAUCAGCAGAAUACUUGGACCAACCAACAGAGUACCGCACAAAACUCUUGGAACAACCAACAAAAUACUGCACAAAACUCUUGGAACAACCAACAAAGUACUUCACAAAACUCUUGGAACAACCAACAAAGUAAUACACAAAACACCUGGAACAACCAACAGAGUGGCUCGCAUAAUACUGGGGCUCAAAACAACUGGAAUCAAAAGCCCCAAAACUCCUGGAACAAACCCCAAAACGCUGGUUCACAGAACAAUUGGAAUUCAGGCAAUCAGAAUCAAAACACUCAAUCACCAUCCAGCACCACAACACCAACCUCGGUCAUUAAGAACGAACAAACUUUAGGGGAUAAUGGCAGCUAUAAAUACGAAUACGAAAUCGCUGAUGGAACCCAUGUAGGAGAAGAAGGUUACUUGACCAAUCCCAACACACCCCAAGAGAGUAUUGUGAAGAAAGGCUUCUACUCCUUCACCGCAGCUGACGGCAAAGUGUACUCUGUGACGUACUGGGCAGAUGAUACAGGUUUCCACGCAGUUGGUGACCAUUUGCCCACGCCUCAUCCAAUCCCACACGCGAUUCAAGCGUCCAUGGACCAGAAUGCCAAAGAGGAAGCUGCUAAAGCUGAAGCUGCUAAAGCUGAAGAGGAAAAAAAGAAGCAACAGCAACAGCAGCAAGGAACCUUCUAUCCUCAAGGUCAAGAGCCGCCCAAGCCAUUGGCACCUCAGCCAACUUAUAAACCAACACCUCAACCGACAUAUCCUCAAAUCUACCCUCAACAAACUUAUCCUCAACAAACUUACCCUCAACAAACUUACCCUCAACAAACUUACCCUCAACAAACUUACCCUCAACAAACUUACCCUCAACAAACUUACCCGCAAGAUAAUUACUAUCCGUCUCAAGGCUAUGGAAAG